GCCAGUUCCACGCACACUCACCAGUAGCACAACAAUACGCUUUCGCCGCUCCCCCUCUUUUCGCUCGCUCUCGGUAUGGCGGACGGCGAGCGGUCCCCUUUGCUUUCGGAUCUUGGUGAUGGAGCACUUGGGACCGGUAACGGCGGACUGUCUCCCGGAGCGGCUCCACACGGCGUGCCGAACAAACCACAGAGUUUUCCACCGUUUCCAAGCUCGACUCAGCCUCCUGUGCUAUUAGGUGAGAAUCCUCCACCAUAUUCCCCCCUGACGUCUCCAGAGAGUGGCAGUGCCCCGGUCAUCAGCUGUCGGGUGUGCCAGUCACUUAUCAGCGUUGAAGGCAAAAUCCACCAACAUGUGGUCAAGUGUGGAGUCUGCAAUGAAGCAACACCUAUAAAGAAUGCUCCUGCAGGGAAGAAAUAUGUAAGAUGCCCCUGUAACUGCCUACUCAUCUGCAAGGUCACAUCCCAAAGGAUCGCCUGCCCACGUCCCUACUGUAAGAGGAUCAUAAACUUGGGGCCAGUCCACCCAGGCCCAGCCAGUCCAGAACCACAACCACCUGGAGCUAGAGUUUCCUGUGGACAUUGCAGCAACACUUUCUUGUGGACGGAAUUUACUGACAGGACAUUGGCAAGAUGUCCUCAUUGCAGAAAAGUGUCUUCGAUUGGCCAAAGAUACCCAAGGCGGCGGAGUCUGUGGUGUUACCUGCUGUGCUUGCUGUUUAGCAUUUCAGCGGCUGGACUGAUUGCAGGGACGUGGUCCCAGGCACGGGUGUACGGGGGUAUUUAUGCCUCGUGGGCGGCUGUGCUGUUGCUGGUGGUGUUGACACUGGCCAGGGCGCUUUAUUGGAGCUGCAUGCGGGUCAGCCAACCUCUCCACAACCUCACAUAGAGAGAGCAAUAGACAAGAGAGGCUGCUGGAGGAGAGAUGAGGGUGGUGGGUGAAUUAAAAGCUGUGUCAAAAGAGAAAGAGAGAAUGCAAGAAAAAGUCAACUCUUGAAGGCAGUAAUGAAGAGUAAAAGUCAAAUCCAGGGUCCAGAAACGUGAUAAAAGCUUCUCUAGCAUUUUAAAGUUAUUUUUAUUCUGGUUUUCUCUGGAUGUCUUGUAUCAUCCGUGAAUAUGAACUGACUUGUUGCUCAUGCUUACAUUACCACAGCUGAUUCCAAAUGCUCACUUUACACACACCCCCCCACACACACACACAAUCUGUUUGUUUUAAACGAAGAACACUACAAUACAAGCAUGCAUACAUCCUGACACACAUGUUCUCAGACCUAGAAACCUUGAGACGAAAUUGAGCCUCAUACACUGUACUUGUCAUUUAGAAGCCUUACCGAAAAAAGACACGACAGGUUGAACUCCACUAGAUGGCGCCAUUUCAAAACUUCCUCCACGAUUUUACAUACUGUCACAUUCUGCAAGGAUGCUCAUGUGUUCUAUAAAUGUGGAUCUACAGAAAUGGAAAAUAUUUCCAGAACUGGAUUUUCAUAAACACAAAUCUAAAGUUUAUGCCCAAAAACACACUCUCUUCCCCUCUUUGUCUUUAGUUGUGAAUGUUAAGAACAGUAUUUUUUUAUAAUUGUGACUUUGGUUUGUAAAUAUUUGUUGUUUAUUUCAUGAAUGUCUUAACAGUUGCACUGUAGCUCUAACACCUAUUUUAUGUCUUAUUUAAUUUGAAAAUCACUACUGAAAAAUCACAGAUCACUUUGGCUGACAAUGAACAGAAAAAUAUCAUCACAACAUGUGAAUUUCAACUUCAGAGUGCAGAAAAACAAGCUCUCAUUUAUGUUUCUUUGAAGGCAAAGGGGUCAUUUACCUUCCGUGUCAUGUUUAUCCAAAAUUAAGAUCUGUGAGGUUGAUGAUUAUAUUAAUGAGGUUAAUCUGUCCAUAGUUUUGGAUUCUAGACUCCAAGAUCCACUUUCUCUCAGAAUUCAGAGUCUGUGUAGAUUUGUGCUCGGGUGUCCUUAUACGCAUCUAAAGAGACUUUCAAAGAUUGUGGUAAUCUUGCCAUUACUGAUCACCUGUGUUCAAUUUACAUUUUAUUCAAGAAAUAUUUCUCAUAUUUGUGCCGGAAGUGAGUAAAAAGAGCCCAAUUGCAAAACAGGACUUGAGAAUCAGAUUCGUUGUUCUGCCCGUGAGAGAAAUGUCAGGUUUGGAUGUCUGCAAUCCAAACAAGAGGUCAAGAUGUUAUUUAUAAAAAGUAGAAGGCCGGUGAUAAAGGUCUCUGAAUUUGUUUACAAGUGAGAUUAUGAUUACACAUGAUGUAAAUGAUGAUGAUGAAGCUAUAAAAGAGUGAAAACAUCAUGACUUGUUUCAUUCACAUGAAAGUUUGGAUCAUCUCAUCCGUUAUUUUGGCACUUUUCCACUCAAAGUCUCUUUCCAUUUGUCUCUUGUUUCCAGCGGAUAUAUUACUUUCCUCGACAAAGACAGAUAGAGGAAUGGGAAACAUACAGAAACCUUUUAGAAACCACAGCUCCCCUGAGCAAGGCAGAGAGAGAGAGGUAGAGAGAUUUGUCAGCAUUAAUGGGAAAGAAAGAAAGAAAGCGAUUUCAGGCUAAAUGAGAAACAGGUAAUGACCACAAAAAGAUCUCAGAGUUCUCAACUCUUGCACAAAUUCACACUUUUACAUAGAAAUAAUAAGUGUGCUUUAUUACCAUGGCAAAAAAUGUCAUUGCCUAAAUGGAGUAAAAUAUAAAUGUUGCGAUAUUGGCUGAUGUUUGAUCAAAUUAAGGCUGAUAAGAUUUCCUGUAGCUCAGUGGUAAGAGCAUUUCGUUAACAACGCAAGGUUGUGGGUUCGAUCCCAGGGGAUUGCAAAUACCUAUGUAAAAUGUAUAGGAUAAAGCAGUUUAAGUCGCUUUGGAUAAAAGCGUCUGCAAAAUGCUUAAAUGUAAAUGUGAUAAAACAAAACCAAUAGUUGGUCAGUUAACUGUGUAAAGGCAACGAGUUUAAUGUCUUAAAGUCAAAUAGAGUUCAUGUUUAAGAAAUAUGUGAAGUAUUCGAUAACAUAAAUAACCACUGAAGAUCGUCAUGUCUUAUAUUUAUUUAUUUAUAUUUUACUUGAUGCCUGUCAUAUUUGGCAAGUUAAAGGGAUCCAGUCCAUGUAAUAACAAUGUUUGGAUGAUUCAGCAAUAAACUAAUAUACCUUAA